CCCGCCUCUCGCCGCCAGGCGCCGCUGUUUCACUGCGCUCCACGGCGGCGGCUCCUCUAUAACUUUUCUGCCCGGGUUCGAGCGCCUGCCUCUCCGCUAGCCAGCGUAGGUGCGAAGCGGUGUCCUGGAGCACAGCAGUUUAAGAAAACGAACCCUAUUUUUAAUUUAUUUAUUUAUUUGUUUUGCUUAGAAUAAACUCCCUAUAAAUAAAACUUACUGACACAAGCCUUCGUUCCGUCAUUCACCCCUUCUCUGAAUAUUCAGCUGCGUAAAAUACUUUUUUUUUUCCCCCCCUCCCCGUUCACACCCCCGCUGGUGCGAUUGUUUCGUCAGCGGGCACCAAGCCGCGUUUUCCCCCGCCUCUGGCGCACCCUGCCCGGGAUUGGUCCUUGUGGGAUCCCCGCAGCAGCCCCCGAGUCGUUCGUAGGCAGUUGCCGGCUAUAUCAGGAGCAGCCCCGACCGGGAGAGCAGCGGCGCACCCCGACUCAAGCUUGCUCUAGCUCGGCUAAGGUAGAGAUGGACUCUCGAUCGAUGUUCCGGAGCGGCUCCAGUGCUCAGACUUUCAGAGGCUCUCUCUGGCUCCUCCUCUGGGUCUCCUCUCUCAGUCCAGUCUCCUCCUGCCCUCGCCUGUGUAUGUGCUACCCCUCUCCCAUGACGGUCAGCUGCCAAUCUCAGAACUUCUCCGCGGUCCCAGCGGGAAUUCCCUUUCACAGCCAGAGGGUUUUCCUCCAGAACAACCGUAUCACGGAGGUCCGGACGGAUUCGUUCGGGUUCGGCACACAGGUCCUGUGGCUCCACUCCAACAAUAUCAGCUCCAUAGAACCCGGGGCCUUCAGCGACCUGCAUGACCUGGAGGAGCUGGACCUAGGGGACAACCCGUCCCUUCGGACCCUGGACCAGGACACGUUCCGUGGGCUGGACAAGCUGCAGAGUCUGCACAUGUAUCGCUGCCAGCUGGGGACCCUGCCCGGCACCGUGUUCAGAAAACUGUACAGCCUGCAGUUCCUUUACCUGCAAGAGAACCUGCUGCAGCACAUACAGGACGACCUCUUCGCUGACCUGGUCAACCUCACUCACCUCUUUCUCCACGGCAACCUGAUCCGGGUCCUGUCGGAGAACGUGUUCCGCGGGCUGGUCAACCUGGACCGCCUGCUGCUCCACCAGAACCGGAUCAGGCAGGUUCACCGACGCGCCUUCCGAGAUCUGGGCCGGCUCACCAUCCUCUUCCUCUUCAACAACUCGCUCUCCGAGCUGCCCGGCCCGCCCCUCUCCAGCCUCCGAUCCCUGGAGUUCCUGCGCCUCAACGGGAACCCCUGGUCCUGCUCCUGCCAGGCCCGCCCGCUCUGGGAGUGGUUCCGCAAGGUCCGAGUCUCCAGCUCCGAGCUGCUGUGCGCCGGACCCCAGGAGAGGAAGGGCCUGGACCUGCGCUUCCUGAGGGAGCUGGACUUCGCGCGCUGCCCCCUGCAGGACGCCCCGAGCAAGGCAGGCGCCUUCAGCCCAAAGUGGUGGUUCCCUAAGUCUGGUAAGAGCGGCCAGGCAGAAAAAUUCAAAGGGCUUUUCGGGAGGAAAGGCCAGCAGACCAGCGGUCUGGAUAACCCGGCAGCUGGAGGUCAGGCCAAGAGUUACGGACCGGAACCCGAGUCCGCCCUUCCGAAACCGGGCCCCCAGGAUUACUGGGAGAACUACGAGAACGAGGAUUCGAGCUGGCGCUGCUCAGACUGCCCGGGCGAGAAGGAGGAGGAGGAGGAGCGAUCGAGAGGGGAGAGGAAUCGUCCCAGAUUCACCCUCCUCUCCUUCUCCCUCUCCCUCUCUCUCAUGCUAGCCUUGCUUUCCUCAAGAAGCAUCUAGAGACCCUCCCUCCUGUGUUUUUUAAAAAAAAAAGCAAAACAAAUGUUUGUUUUGUUUUAAAAAUCUUACCCUCUCCGCCUCGUCCCUUUUAGCUGUGUAAAAGCUAUUUUCUAUAGCCCUCUAUACAGCUCUGCAGUGUGGAGAGUGGAGAUCUCUUU